AACACAGAAAUUGCAGCAGUCCUGUGGAUAAUGUCUGUUCUCUUCUCAAGAAUAAGGGGCAUGUUCUUCCUCUUGUUCCUCACAUGGUUUUGUUCUGGUCAGCCUGCACCUCCACUCUUACGUUUCUCUGUCUACCUGGAUCCUUUAAACAUGGUAUACCUUCGUUGGGACCAUGAUGAACAGGAGAUGAUGACUUUUGAGCUGCAGGUUCACACAACAGGCUGGGUGGCGUUUGGAUUCAGCCCUCAUGGAGAGUUGCCUGGAUCUGACAUUGUGAUUGGAGGUGUCUUCUCUAAUGGCAGCAUCUACUUCUCUGAUUUUCAUGUGGUAGAUGAUGCAACCCUUGAGGAAGAUGAUAGCCAGGACUACCAACUGCUGUCAGUGACAGAGAAUGAAACCUCCACCACCAUGCUGUUCAAGCGCCACCUCCGGACAUGUGACUCAAAUGACCUGGAUAUCACAAUGGACACAGCACGUCUCAUUACUGCAUUUGGCACUGAUGACACAGUACAACUCUUUAAGGGCCAAAAAUUUUCUAAGUCUCUUUUCUUGAUGAGAUACAGAAGUCCAUCCAACUUAACUGACCCUAAAAUAUUCUUCACCUAUGACCUGAGGCUGGACAACUUUGCUGUUCCUGUUGAAGAAACCAAAUAUGCCUGUACCUUUCUUCCACUGCCCAGGGUUAAGCAGAAACACCACAUCUACAAGUUUGAGCCUGUAAUAACUCCCCACAACAUAACUUUAGUUCAUCAUAUUCUGGUUUACGCCUGUGGCAAUGCCAGUGUGUUACCAAGUGGCAUAGAUGACUGCUAUGGAGCCAAUCCAGAUUUUGCCCUGUGCUCUCAGGUGGUUGUGGGCUGGGCUGUUGGAGGAGAGUCUUAUCAAUUUCCAGAUGAUGCUGCAUAUUCCAUCGGAACACCUUGGGACCCUCAGUAUGUCCGACUGGAAAUCCAUUACAGCAAUUUUGACUUGGUAUCAGGUUUGAUCGACAGCUCAGGGGUACGAAUAUACUAUACACCAGAGGUACGAAAGUAUGAUGUGGGGAUACUGCAAACAGGCAUCUUCACCUUCCCUGUGCAUUUCAUUCCUCCUGGAGCAGAAUCCUACAGAUCUUAUGGCCUUUGCAAUUCAAGCCAGUUUGAUGAAAUGAAUGGGACACCAGUUCCAGAUCUGCACGUCUUUGCCUACUUGCUUCACACUCAUCUGGCUGGCAGAGGAGUGAAGGUUGCCCAGUACAGGAAUGAAAAACAGCUGGGGAUCAUCUGUGAGGACAACAAGUAUGACUUCACCUUGCAGGAGAUUCGGGACAUGAAGGAAAUCCUUGUAAUCAAACCAGGGGAUGAGAUCCUGGUCGAAUGUAACUUUCAGACACUGGAUCGGUCAGGGAUUACUUUUGCUGGGCCAAGCACCAUGAAUGAGAUGUGUCUCUCAUUCCUCUUCUACUACCCUCGUAACAACAUCUCCAGCUGUAUGGGCUACCCUGACAUUUUGUAUGUUGCGCAUGUACUCAAGCAGGAGGCCUCAGAUGCAGUGGAAGGAAUGAUGGCCAUGGACUUUGUUGACUGGAACAACGAAACUGUCAAAACUGCAGAGAAAGCAGCCAAGGAGGCAGAUCAAAUAGUUGUGAUUAAAACCAUUAAUGAAAUCCAGAAAAAUGAGAGUGGUCUCAUCAGAGACAUUCAUAUUCCAGAGCGGGCUGUCUGUCACAAUGUUUCUGUACAACAGACACUGUCAGAUCUGAGAGCUACUGCAAACCUUCGUUUGACCGCAGUACACAAUUUUGAAUCCUCAACCACCAAAGAAUUUGUUUCACUUCCUCUUCUUUUUCUCACACAGCUGUUGUUUGCUUGGAUUAUUUUUUCCUCUGAGUAUAGGAAGUGAGGGGCAGAAUACUAGAACAAAUCAUUGGCCUGAUGAAGAAGUCACUGUAAUUACCAUGUGAUAUCACAGUGUUCCAGCCCCAAUGUGAACACGAGAAGAUACUUAAAUAAUAGCAUAUUCUCUCCCUUUGGAAGAAAUAGGUUCUGUGUGUAUUGGCAUUUAUUUUAUUUUCAUGAAAAAUACUUUCUAUUGUAGUUUGUUCUAAAUCAAAAAACAAACAAACAAAAACAAUGUACUAUAAUGCAGUAAAGACAGGAAUAUGAUGUCAUUUAUUGAAUAGCUGGUGAUUAAUUAUGAAAUCCAGAGCUUUCAUAGAUGGGUUAUGAUCUAUAUUUGCUCACAGAUAUUUCAGUAAUUGUUAUCUAAUCUCUAGUUAUAUACUCACAACCUGCACUUAGGUCAGUAUAGAAAACUAGGCUCCUUAGUUAUUAAAACAUUUUAAUUAAUAAUCCAAGUAAUAUAUUUGAAUGUAAAGCCAGUAGUGCCAUAUCCAGCAUUAAAGUAUGUAUUCCUAUGACUGUACACCAGGGAAUUUAUCUACUGAUUGCCAGGUAAUAAUGAGGCAAUGGCUGGGCUAUUUAUGGCUGGGCUAUAAUGAGGCAAUUUAUUGACUAAUAGACCUGAAACAUCAUCAAAAUGUGAAGAUAUAGAACAACUCAAGAAUCCCAUGCCUUGACAUUAAAUAUAUGCAAGUGUAAUGGCUAAUCUAUCAUGCUGAAGUUUUCCUGUUUUCCUUUCUAACUGUACAUAGAUAUUUUCUUGCAGUGUGACACCUAAGGAACUGUGACUCUGAAAUUAAAUUUAGAACCUCUCCAACUUUAACCCUGUCAUGAUAUUCUACAAAGCAGGCUAGGAAUCCUCAAAGAAAUAUCAUGAAAAUAUUCUUCACAAACCAAAAUAUGUUCAUAUAAAACAUUAUUAAAAAAAAUAAAUAAAAAAUAAAAAAUAAAAGUUGAUGUAUUACUGGGAAAAGUGAAAAGCAGAUAUUCUCAUUUCUAGUUUUUUCCUAAACAUUCUUUUAUCAGUAGAAAUAUUUUGUUUAAAAUAAGAGCUUUCUAUAUAUAAUGUUUAAGUGGAAAGGAGGUGAAGCUGAUUUCUGAACCUGAUGAAGUAAAGGUUGUUUUGUUUUUGCUGCAUAGUAUGUCCUGGGACAGACCAUCAUCCAGAACACAGACCUUUUAUUAACAACUCAAAUGUUCUACUAUGGAAGACAAAAACAUCAUUUUAAACCAAAGGGACACCUGCUGCAAUGUGGUAUCUGUAGCAUAUCAACACAGAACUUGGAGUUCUGCUGGAAGUUUUUACAGGCAAAAAUUUUCCAUAAUGAUGUCAAAUAGCAUGAUGUGAAGUGUAGCAGAAGAAUGAUAUAUUUUCCA